CUGCAAUGGGAGCCAGAAGUAUCGAAACCCGGACCUGGAAGAUUGAGCUACUUAUCCUGUUGAGUGGAGUGCUACUCACCGUUAGAGCUGCUCCAGCGGAGGCAACAGAAGAUGUGACCCAUCCACCGCCCGAUCAGUUGCAAACGGAGUCUCGCGCUCGCAAGGACACAGUGCUGGUUGUGGACGAGGACCUGGACGGACGAAAUGCUUACAUCAACAAUAAGUUUGUCCCCAGCGAGCCGGCUGAGGUGCUGGACGAAGAGCAGAAUGCCCCGCUCUACGAGAUCCUUCAAAAGCAGAUGGAGCAAGUGCUGGCCUCGUCGGCUCCCAACGAUCCUGUCUACGAGCAGCGGGAGAAUCAGAAGCGCCGCGACCAGCAGCCACCCCAACAACCGCCGUACUUCUCCGGCGAAGAUCGAGAUGGUGAUCUUCAGGACGACUACGAGGACGAGGAGGACCAAACGGAUCAGGGCUAUGCCUUGGACCCAGAGAAACCGGAUGCCGUGGCAGGUUCUCCCGAGGAAGAGGACCAGAACGAGGCGAGUUAUCAAGCACCAAGCCAUCCAAGCAUCACUACUCGCAGACCGCACAGGCGACGCAGCACAUCCACCACAGCUCAGCCGCGAACCACCAGGACCAGGAGCACUGCACAGCCCAGGAUAACAGCCAGACCCUCGAACCAAACCAGCACCACAGAGCCACCGCCACAUGCCAGCACCACCAGUCACAGGCCAAUAAUUGGUUCCAGUACCCAUUCGAAGGCAAAUCCUCAUCCGGGAAACAGUCUGGCCAGUGAUCCGCAGGUCUACCAGCACAAGCGCCGCGUUGUCUUCAAGACCAUCUCGACGGGCUCCCAGUUCGUUAACUCGCCCAUUGGCGACCUAAUGAUUAAGUUCUCCAUCGGAUUCGCCAACCCAGCUGCUCCGGUUGAAUCUGUCAGCUCCUCCAGAUCCCCAAGUUCCUCCAACGAUGCCGUCUUGCGCGCACUCUCCCAAAACUUCAUCCGAAAUCUUGAACUGCAGAAGCUGAAAAGAUCGAACAAAGUUCAAAAAGAUUAAAUAAAUUGUACAAUUACAAAUUAAUAACUAUA